GUCGUGAUGAAACAUCAGCUCAACGGUUUCACAUGAAAACUGGAAGUUCAUUAAAUGCCAGCAGCAGCAUGUGCAGAACGCACGACAGUUCUUAAAAUAUUGAAAAUAUUCUGCACGUUAUACGCCGGGAACCUUCUCGAGGAUGUAUUUCUGAGGAGGAUGUGAGCUUCCUAUUUUGGCCCUUGUAUUUUUGUAUUUUUUUUGGAGCUCUUGAGCAACAUCUUUCAGAAAGGAAGAAGAUUGCAACAUGUGGUGAAAUGUGCGAGAGAAGAUACAUGAACCAACUGAGGCGGUCCAACACAUACGGUCGCACGUGCACAUAAACGCGUCCGCAUGUCCCGCGCGCUCCACGGUUCAGUCAACGGGACGACGGCCAUCCCAUGGAGGGGCAACAGGAGGCGGCUGUCGCUGGUGGAGCAGCUGAGGGGCUGCCAGGAGGCCUGGUGCCCCGCGGCCCCCUGGGACAGAGAGGGGGCACACGCUGCUAUCUGUGGAACGCCUGCUGGGAGUUUCCUGGUUGUGCGAGACUCCGCGACGUCUCAGCCCGGCCUGCUGUGCGUGUCUGCCGGAGGACUCAAUGGGGCGGUCCACGAUCACAACAUCGAAAGCACGGGCACAGUCUUCUGGCUGUCCGAGUCUCGCCUGUCUUUCUCUGACUUGGCUCAGCUCGUGCUCUUCUACUCUCUGACCAGGGACGUGUUGGCCGUCCGUCUUUCCAUUCCUCGCUGGAUCUACGGCGUCACCGAGAAGACAGGAGAUCGUCUCUCUGGACUCGAGCCCGGUACUUGGCUCUGCACGCCGGGCGACCAGCCCGCCGAGGGGAUGACCCAGAGGGAGCCGGGCGAUGUAAUGUGCUCCAUACAGCUGACGUCCACCAACGGCGCCCUGUGCUUCAUCAACCCGCUCUACCUUCGCGAGCACGGAGACGAUUGGCUGACCUGCAGACCGGGGCGCCGCCUCAGCACCACCCGGGCGUGGGCGGGGUCAGGGUUGCAGAGCAAACGCACCAUCUCGUUGGAUAAGGAAGGCUCCGCUGCCAGCUUGGAGAGUUCUGGUCUUAUCAGAGCCAUGUCUGCUGAUUCGGCGAAUUUCCCACCGACCCCGUCAGCACCAGCUGCUCCAGAAGGGGUGGUUCUCAGGAGGCCCAGUAGAGAUUCGGACUCCGGCCAUCUUCACAGAGCGAGCCCAGGGAGCCUCCCUCCAUCUACUCCCUCCACCCCUAUAAGUUCAAACUCUAUGUUUGAGCUGCAGACCCAUUGCAGCCCGGUGCCUCAGUCCCCUCACCGGGUGUCCUGGAUUGAGGACGGAGUCUGGCUGCCUCCGCCCAGGCCUCCCUCUUUGCUCCACCCGCUGUCGCUGGAGCUCGACUCGCUGUCCAUCAGCAGCAUCGAAGAAGAGCAGGACUCCCAGGUGGCGAACCCCGGCCCGCUCCACCCGUGCGCGCAGCGGCUGGCCGACAAGGUCAUCCACCGUCUCUCGGCGGUGGGCCAGGCUCUCGGCGGCCUGGUGAGUCAGAAGAAGAGGCUGACCAAUCGCGUGGAGGAGCUGAGCGAGCGGAAAGGCGCGGAGUUCGCCGAGGCCGUGAAGGGAUUCGUGGAGAUGACGCUGAAGAAAGGCGCGGAUCCCGGCGGGGUCACGGGGUCAGAGUUCUUACAGGAGGUGAGGUCGUCGCUCUCGUCGCUGAAGGAGACGCUGUUGGACUGCCAAGAGAUCCAGGCGUUGUUGGACAGCAUCGCUGACAUGAACGACUUGGAGAUCGACUCCCUGGUUGAGCUUUCCCUCCACAAGGCGGCGCUGAAGCCCGUCUCCGAACACCUGUACUCCUGCAUCCAAAUGUCCCGGACCGACGACGGCAGCUUCCAGCGUCUCCAGAGAAACAUGAGCGUGCUGGAAAAGAACGGCGUGGAGGAGCUCGGCGGGUCGGCGGGCGUCGGAGUGCCCGACGCCGUCACCCUGGAGCGGAUCCAGCAGAGGUGGACGAGCAUGCAUGAGGCCUACUCCCCAAACAAGAAGGUCCACGUCCUGCUCAAAGUCUGCAAGAUCAUCUAUCACAGCAUGAGUGCUAAUGCCAUCUCAGGCACGACGUUCGGAGCGGACGACUUCCUGCCCUGCCUCACGUGGGUGCUGCUCCGCAGUGACGUGGUCACCUUACACCUGGACACAGACUACAUGAUGGAGCUGCUGGACCCCACGCAGCUGCAGGGAGAAGGUGGCUACUACCUUACGACUCUAUACGCCUCUCUUUACUACAUCAGCAGCUUCCGGCCGAAGCUGGCCGCCCGUCAGCUCAGCAUCGAGGCCCAACACUCUCUCAACCAAUGGCAUCGCCGGCGGACCCUGCACUGCAACCAGUCGCGGCGCAGCGAGAACCGGCUGACCUUCCGCAGGCAGGCGUGCCGGAACAAAGGGUCGCAGAGCACCGAGACGGACGACGAGGGCAAAGAGGAGAGUGGGAAAGAAGAUGAGUCUGCGAAGGGGGAGGAGUCACAGCGGCGGGAGGGGAGCGGCGCCGAGGCUCUGCGGCCGCGGAGGGAGGAGGAGACGGGCAGAGGGCGAGGAUCCGAGUGGGAAUCGCAGACGUCGUCUCCGGCAUCGGACCGCGAUCGGCAAGACGUGACGAGGAGCAAGCGGGAAGAUGGACGGACUCUAUGCACGGAAGGAGAAGAGGAUCACAGAUGAUCGUAGAGUGGCCCCCUUCAUGGGUCAUAACCCUCCUGGGACGAAAACCACCGGCAGAGAUCCCUCUAUUCUAAUAGUCCAUACUGUUCGAGAGCACCGAGUAUUAUUAUUAUUAUUAUUAUUAUAUUUAUAUGGGAGCUAAUAAUAGUUAAAGCUGUUUGGAGGCUAUUAGGUUUUGUACGGUGCAGCAUGAGUUUGAUUUGUAAAGAUUUUUUUUUAUACGCAAAUUUUUUGAUUUGUAAAUAUUAACAUGAAAGUAAUAAAUGAGCAAAAAAAGAGGACAUUAAUAAAACCGAUUAACAGUU